AUGGCCCGUACCAAGCAGACGGCUCGUAAGUCCACCGGCGGCAAAGCGCCCCGCAAGCAGCUCGCUACUAAGGCUGCCCGGAAAAGCGCCCCCGCCACGGGCGGGGUGAAGAAGCCCCAUCGCUACCGCCCCGGCACCGUGGCCCUGCGGGAAAUCCGCCGCUACCAGAAAUCUACCGAGCUGCUGAUCCGCAAGCUGCCUUUCCAGCGUCUGGUGCGGGAGAUCGCCCAGGACUUCAAGACGGAUCUGCGCUUUCAGAGCUCGGCCGUCAUGGCCCUGCAGGAGGCGAGCGAGGCCUAUCUGGUGGGGCUCUUCGAGGACACCAACCUUUCUGUUAGUGUUAACAUGUCUGGACGCGGGAAAGGUGGAAAGGGCCUAGGAAAAGGGGGUGCUAAAAGGCACCGAAAGGUCCUGCGGGAUAACAUCCAGGGCAUUACGAAGCCUGCGAUCCGUCGUCUGGCUCGUCGCGGCGGUGUGAAGCGUAUCUCGGGGCUGAUAUAUGAAGAGACCCGCGGGGUGCUGAAGGUUUUCCUGGAGAAUGUGAUCCGCGAUGCGGUGACCUACACCGAGCACGCCAAGCGGAAAACCGUGACAGCCAUGGAUGUGGUCUAUGCCCUAAAACGCCAAGGCCGCACCCUGUACGGCUUUGGGGGCUGAUUUCCCCCUGGGACCGAACGGGAAAAAAAUAUUCAACCCAAAGGCCCUUUUAAGGGCCACUCACUCCUGCAUAGAAAGAGUUGGUCUUGUGUAUCGUGACAGGGAUAUAUUAACAUUGUGCUUAAAUCUG